ACUUUAUCAAAAUGUUGAUAUAAAUCUGAAGAAUAUUGCUCAAUUACCUGAAGAUGAUGUACCAGAAUGUAUUAUGUCAACGAUGGAACAGAAGAUAGGUGAUGAAGAAAUUCAAUCUGAAAGAAUUGGAUAUAUUCCUGAUCCUUUAUCUGACCCAAUAGAACGUACUAGUACAGAUAGUAUUCCUAUUACUAACAGUGGUGUUCUCGAUGUCAAUGGAUCAUCAGUGUCUUCAGAUGAAAUUACUAAUUAUCUUUUGCACAAAAUUAAAAAUGACGGAACAAAGGAGCAGAUGGACACCGAAAAUGUUUAUUUGAUUCCUCAUUCUUCGAAGCCUGUUAACGAAUAUUUUAAUCCAAAACUACUCGUAGGUCUGUAUCCAACCUUAUUCUGUUAUGGACGUGGAGCACCUGAAGAUCAAUCUCGUCCAGUUAAAGUAAAUUUACGAGAACACAUACGUUAUCUGUUAUCCUACAAUGAUCGACGUUUUGAAACAAACCACAGUUUUAUAUUUGUCGUCUUCAACCUAUUACAACGACGUGAUGCUUGUUUUCAUGCUCAGCUGAUCGCAACAAAACCAUACUUUCGAGCAUCUGCUGAUGAAAUUCAAUCCUUGAAAAGCAAAGAUAUUGAAAUGGCUCUCGAUAACAUUUCCAAAAAAACAUACAGUUCGGAAUCCAACAGUGCAUUAAAUAAAUUAUUGCAUCAUAUUAAAACCAUCGGUGGUCGCGUUAUGGGUUCAGCAUAUUCACGUACGGCAUUGCGUACACGUAUUCAUGCAUUAAUCUAUAAUCAAGGGUUACCAAGCAUUUUUUUAACUUUAAAUCCAGCUGAUAUUCACAGUCCCGUAGCAUUAUAUUUUGCGGGAGUCAAGUUGGAUUUAGAUAAUAUUCAAAUAGUGCAACUGAUGACUACUUACAAAAGAGCAGAAAUUAUAGCUUCUCGUCCUGUUGCUACCGCAAAAUUUUUUCAUUUAUUAAUUUCAAAUAUCUUAAAUACUAUGAUUAGUGGUGGUGUUCUUGGACCAAUAAAAGCUUAUUUUGGUACUGUUGAAAGUCAAGGACGAGGUUCGCUUCAUUUGCAUCUUCUUAUUUGGCUUGAUCAUGAUAUGAAACCAGCUGAUAUGAAACAAAAGAUUCAAAAUGCUGAUUUUCGUGAAAAAACAUUGAAUACUCCACCACGAUUAUCACAAGAUAAUAUCUAUGCAGCUUUACGUACUAUGGAUUUAACAGGUUUAGGCGAAAAUAUAAAUAAAUCUCCUGUUUGGUCGACACCAAUCAAGGAACAACUUUCUCCGUCAACUCCUUAUGCUUCUCCAUUAUGGAAUAAAUCUUUACAGACACCAACACAUGAUCGACCAACAUCUAUUAUGAAUGUUUUACACAAUCAAUCAAACAUAAAUCCAGCUUGCUUACCUACUCCAAAUCCAUCAUCGCCAAAUUUUGCAGCACGUUUUCGUGCAGAUGUGGUACAACUUGUGGAAGCAGACAACAAGCACAAGCAUAGUGACACAUGUUACAAGUAUUCUAAUCCUAAACAAGGUGACAAGAAAAUUUGUCGACUGCGUAUGCCACGCAAAUUAGAACCAGUUUCGACGAUUGAUCUGGAUACUGGCCAUAUUUCUAUGCGACGAUCGGAUCCAUGGAUUAACAAUUUUAAUGAAUACCUCAUCGCAGCCUGUCGAUCCAACAUGGAUAUUAAAUUUAUUUGGAGUGGUAGUGAUGCAAAGGCUCUUGUUUAUUAUAUUACCGAUUAUGUCACAAAGAUGAGUCUCUCUUUUCAUGAUACAUUUGCUCUUGUACAAAAAAGCAUAACAUCGUUCCAAAAUUCAUUGCAACACACAAGCAAGGAAAGUGCAAUUGAGAAGUCGCGUAAACUGGUUUUACGUUGUUACAACACACUCGCUUCUCAACAAGAACUAUCUGGUGUUCAAGUUGCAUCUUAUCUUAUGAAUUGGGAUGAUCAUUACACAACGCACAAAUUUCAAGGUCUCUAUCUAAUUCAAACUGAACGAUUUUUGCAAGCCGAAUUAAACGAAAUACGUGCGCAACAAAAGUUGGAACUUGCAACCCAUGGUGAGUAUACAGGUAUUUGA